GCUGUCUGGGCUGAUCGGUGUGGUGUCUUGGAAGAGACCAAUCUCAUUGGUGAUCACCUUUUUCAUGCUGCUGUCUGCUGUGUGUGUGAUGUUAAACCUGGCUGGAUCCAUCCUCUCCUGUCAGAAUGCCCAGCUGGUAAACUCACUGGAGAACUGUGAUUCGGUUCAUCAUAUCACUGACAGUGAUGGGGUGUGCGUGUGCUGUCAGAUGCACCAUCAGGCUCUGGGCUGCAGCAGCAACCUGGGGGAAACACUGAAGCUGAAUUCGCUGAGGGAUUGCAACACCGUCAGGCUCAGACUUAAGGAAUUGUUGUUCAGUGUCUGUGCCCUGAAUGUCAUCUCCACCAUUGUGUGUGCCCUGGCCACAGCUAUGUGCUGCAUGCAGAUGGUCUCUACUGAUGUCCUGCAGAUGUUUCUUCCACACAGGUCACGCUCUGUGAACCCAGAUUGUAUGUCUCCACAUGGCACUAUUCUACACCAGACUCUGGAUUUCGAUGAGUUUAUACCUCCAAUACCACCUCCUCCAUACUACCCUCCAGAGUACACCUGUACACCAGUCCUAGAGGCGCAGAGAAGUCUUCACCUGGACUUUCCUCACUCCCCCUUCAGCGCCAUCUAUGGAGUGCCCAUCAACAGCCCGGGCACGAUGUACCCCUCGGAGCUCCCACCUCCCUAUGAGGCUGUGGUGGGGCAGACUCCAGCUAGCCAGGUAACUACUUGUCUGGAACAGCAAGCGACUGAGUCCAGCUUGUGUGAGAGGAACACGACGGCAGGUUUCAGCACACAAGCAUCUAUGGACAGUACGUCUCUGAUGGUCUCAGAAAUGGCUGAUAUCCCAGAUCACUGCUGCUCCUCUGAAGACCUGUGUUCCCUGGAGGUGCAGGGCUCCCUCAGGUCUACAGACUUCUCUCCAUACAGCACAAUCCGCACGGUGGCUACAGACGGCAGCUGCACCAGCCUGGAGCACAGCGUCCGCUGCAGCCACCACCAGAGCUCACCUGGGGAGGAGGAGGAGGAGGAGGAGGAGGAGGAGGAGGCAGGCCUCAGCGAGUCCUCCCUCACCCAGGACAGGUCCCCAGACUGGUCCUCCGAAAACAACAACACGCUGGGAAGAGAGUCCAAGGCCUUGCCUGGGGAGGCUGUAGCUGCCUGUUCUCCGCCCAAGCAGAAGAAGCUGUGCUUUGCGGUCUAUUCCCAGUCGUCCUCCUGCUCUUCCUCACUGCCUCAGUCAGUAGCCAGCUCGGCACACAGCAGCGAUUCAUUCUCAGCCUGCGUGGAGAGAGCCAGACCCCAGCGACACGACAGGAAAUACAGGUUUUCUAAAAUCAUACGCUCGACUAGCGACCCCAUCUCGUGUACAUCCAUCUCUGAAAGUGACAGUUGUGCCGCUGCAUGCAAUCAGGUCGUUGAAGAAUCCCUGCAGCCAUCCCCUGAGCCAGCUGCUUGUCCAGAACUUUCCGUUGUUGUUGCGUCCUGCCAAGGUGCUGUCAAACACAUCCCAUUCUCCAGAAAACAGAGGGACGCCAGCAAAGUGGACAUUCGAUUGAAACCGAGGGCAUUGCAAGCCAUUUCCAAAGAGCGGCCGCACUCCUUGGUGGACCUUAAGACAUACAAAGACACCAAAAUACUGGUGGCAAAAUUUCUUGAACACUCCAGCUGCAAUCUACCUCCUGAAGUCCAGCAUGUGGUCAACAGCAUCAAAUUUGUCAUCAAGACAGAUGAGCGACACAUGGAGGAAGCCAUCUUCAGUGCCAAUGUCAUUGACCAGGUGAUCACCAAAUCCCAGCAGAAUGUGAAGAGCCCACGGAAACGGCUCCAGCAGGACCUGCACCUCCAGAGCUGUGGGGACCUGAGCUCCCCCUCCUCCAGCCUGCGGAGGAGCCGUCUGCAGAGACCUGGGGAUGAGGACCGGCCACACAGCCUCACCAGGGUGUGCAGGGAAACCAUCCUCUGACAUGCCAGCCUUCAAACACGUGCCAACCAGGCUUCUACAGUGCAGUCCAUGGAGGCUCGGGGCUCACUGCUGAAGUGAACAAACUCCAUUCUAAUUAGUAUUGUUGUUGUUAUUAUUAUUUUUUUUUUUUUUAAGACAAAUUCAUGUCUUCAGGGUUCCAUUUUUAAAUUGACAGGUAUUUAAAAUUACAGUAAAUACUGUACAUCCAGGAGACUGCACCAGUUCAACUCAGCUCAGAGGGAUAUCUUCAUCUUCAAAUCUUGGUGCUUGUUUUCUACCAAACUGUGAAUCUGCCUACAACAUUCUCAACGCGCUAAUCUCACUCAUUCUCAUACAACUGGAAAGAGCAUGUGUGCUGUGUGGAACAGCAUGGUAUUUUAAAUGCCAAGACAAGGAAUUUAAUGAACAGUGGCUACAACUUUAAAAAGUUGUAUUAUUUAAACUUACCUCAGUGUGUUUCAGUUCUUACCAGUGUUGUAAUAAAAAGUAUGAUUUUGUUUUCUU